AUGGCCGUUGACGCAAUGGAUAUUGACUCGACUCCUGUCUCCGCGGUGCAGGCGGAGUCCGAAAAGGAGCGCAAGCGCAAACACAAGCACAAAGACGAGCCCUCAUCGCCGUCGUCUAAGAAGAAGCGCAAGCACGAAAAAACAGACAAGGCCGACAAGAAGGACAAAAAGAAGAAGGAGAAAUCCUCAAAGAGCAGCAGCAGCAAGAAGGACAAGAGCAGCAAGUCCGACGCCAAAACAGCCACCACGCCCGCUCCCAUACCCGACUCUCCAUACUCUCUCACCACGGCAACGCUCUAUCUGCCUCUCUCGCCGAUUUCGAUCUCACCUACGCACGCCCUCGCCUCGCUCCUAGCAGAGCACCUCUCCCCUCUUCUUCUAACCUUCUUCCCGCCUUUCCAGGGCAUUAUUCUCGCCUACUCCAAUGCGUCGAUAUCAAGCGAACCGCCCUCGUCCCCCUCCCCCUCCUCAACCUCACCAAACCCGCAACCACUGACCCUAGCCGCCACAGCCGGCGAAUACGGCGUCAUGUAUGUCCACCUCACAGCGACAUUCCUCGUCUUCCGUCCGCAGCGCGGUCAGACCCUCGAGGGCUGGGUCAAUGUUCAGUCAGAGGGCUUCCUCGGUGCCGUCGUGCUGAACCUCUUCUCCGUGGGCAUUGAGCGCAAGCGCCUGCCCCCAUCCUGGAAAUGGAUCCCUCCAGGGGAGAAGGACUAUAACGAGAACGGGACCGCGCCGAACCCUAAUUCCGACGAAGACGAAGACGGCACAUCCUCUACGCCUUUUGACCCGGAAAAGGAACACUUCAACCCCGUCCCUCUCGCCUCAGACUCGAACCCGUUCUCCUUCGACCAAGAGCAAAACCCAGAGGCCGACAUUGGCGCCGACCAGACUGAAAAUGGAGAGGGUGCAGUAGGUACCGACGAAGACUCACUGGAAGGCCACUUCCAGUCCGUAUCCGGCCACCGCGUGCGCGGGACAGUCAAGUUUCGCGUCGUCGAUAUCGACGUCAUCCCAGGGACAGAGCGGGACCGCGGCUUCCUGAGCAUAGAAGGGACGAUGCUGUCUGAGGAGGAAGAGGCCAAGGUCAUUGAGGACGAGAGGAACGGCAUCAUUGCGGCUGUUCCUUCGAGCUUACGCAAGAUGACGGUGCCCAUGUCGUCGGGCGGCAUUAUCGUUCCGCAAGUGGAGAACGUGGAGUUGGAGUCUCCGAGUAAGAAGCCGAAGAAGAGUAAGAAAUAG